AUGACAAUUGACAUUCACAACGAACUAUACCAGUUUGCUCGAUUUCGUGGUCGACAAUGUGAACUAAUCAACGAUGCUAAUAUUUACUUUUCGCGGCAACAAGGUCAAAUGGAAAUGGCCGCUGUGUCGGGUGUUAUGAUUUCAAUUAUAUUUGUAAUUUUAUUCCUAUCACUUGUAUUCUACUUUUAUAAGAGAUAUAUGAAAUAUGGAAUGCAGGGAAGUAAUUCAUUAUCAACAUUUGAUACAAUGGAACUUUCACCUCCGAUAAAUGCGCAAAAACAAGAUUCGAAUGCAGUAAUGGAUGAUGUUGGGAUUAGUUUAAUUAUAAAAAUACGUAUUUAA